GCCAUAUGUACAGUGAGUAAACUUCUGUCCAUUUUUGUCAAUAUUUUCACUGUAAUGUUUUCUUUCAAUUAACCUCGAUUCGAAAUAUAUACUCUUGAAAGCUUCAUAGAGUAACGAAUUAAACUUUAAAUUAUACUUAUUUUUAUUUCAGCUUGUGCACAGAACCAACAUGAUGUACAAGUUUUGUCCUCAGAGUUGUUUUAAACACAAUUAUAGAGUGACAUUGAAGAGAAUGUUGCAAAAAUCAUUUUCUGUCACAUCACAAGGGAGAAGCUCUACAAAAUGGUACCCUGACGCUGAGUUUUUGAAAAACUGGAAUAAUCAUUUUCUCCAUGUUGAUGAAAAGAAAGUAGAUCCAAAGUGGAAAAUCACAGAUUAUUACCUUAAAGAGAAACCACUAGAGACAACUGUGAAAAAUAUAACAAUGAACUUUGGUCCAAAUCACCCAGCAGCCCAUGGAGUUCUUCGACUGGUGAUGGAACUGGACGGAGAGAUGGUUAUACGGGCUGACCCUCAUGUGGGACUGCUCCAUAGAGGUACAGAGAAGUUGAUUGAGUACAAAACAUACCUUCAGGCACUGCCUUACUUUGACCGGCUGGACUACGUGUCUUGUAUGUGUAACGAGCACGCCUAUUGUCUAGCAUUAGAAAAAAUGCUCAACAUUCAGGUACCUGAGAGAGCCCAGUAUAUUCGAGGACACAUACUCGGUAUAACAAUAGCAGAGAGAUCAGGAGCACCGAACCUUGCUACCCAGGACUGUUCCCUGGUAUCCGAGAGCAACUGA